AAUUACAGUAAAACCCCGAUUUUACGUUACCCUUUUUACGUUUUCCCGAUAUUGCACAAGUUUUUUUCGGACCCGUUUUACUCAUUUGAUACAAUGCAAUUAAUUCCUGUGGUUUACAAUGCGCCUAUAAUCUGCUUCCUGCAAUUUACGCUGUUCUUUCGGAUAUAGCUUAGUAUUAGGUGUCUAUUAUUACUUUUUCGUACUUGUUUGCAAUGUUUAGGCAGAUAUGUUUGUGCUGGUUAUUUGUCUUCUUUCAAUAUAUCUACAAUAGUAUCGGUUCACUCAAGUUAAUAUGGACCAACAGCUUGAUUCCUGUACCAAGAGCAUGUAGAGGAUGAAGUUAACAAAUCGUUGGAAACACUUAGAUCAAGGCAGUGCCAUCUGGAAGCCAAGUUGAGAAAAAUUACCAAAGUGUUACCAAAUCUUCAGAUUGUUCAGUCUGAUACACAACAGCUUACUGAAAUGAUAAAUUUCACUUCGUCUCUUGCAGAAACUGUUAGUGAGAAAGUUCGGCAGCUGGAUAUUGCCAGGAGCCGUGUGUCGGAGUGCCAGCAGCGUGUGCACGACCUGCUGGACCUGCAGCUGUGCAGUGAUGGCGUCAAGACGGCACUGCUCAACGAGGACUAUGAAAAGGCGGCUGCGCACGUGCACAGGUUCCUCUCCAUGGACCAGCACCUGCUCCGGCAGACCGCCACUGACGUUGACCAAGACUGCACGAGUGUCACCAACUCCUUCACGCUGUUGCACAGUGCGGCUGUGCAGCUGGGGCAUAUAGUCACCUGCAAGUUCGAUGAGGCUGUUCGGGCCGAGGAUCUGGCCUCUGUGGAGCGUUUCUUCAAGAUCUUCCCUCUUCUUGAGAUGAAGAAUGAAGGUCUUGAUAAAUUCUCUGCGUACUUAUGCUCAAAGCUGCAAGACACUUCUGAAAAAAACUUGAAAGUUGCUCUUGGGACGUCCAGCUCAGAUAAGCGUGCUAAUGUCAUAUAUGCUGACACAUUAACGCUUUUGUUCGAGGCUAUAGCACGAAUUAUUGAGAUCCAUCAGCCACUUGUGGAAACAUACUAUGUGUAUUUUGUUGAAGGCCCUGGAAAGUUGAUAUCAUUAGCGACUCGUCUUCAGCGGGAAUGUGACAGGCAGAGCAAGCGUGUGGUGUCGGAAUUCGCCAAGCACCGUCAGCUGGAGAAGAAGGUCCAGCAGGUGAAUGACCACAUGCGCAACAUUAGUGGCUUCACAAAGUAUGCAGAGAAGCUGGACCCCAAGGAACUGGACACCUUGCUGGGCGAGCUGACCAUCAUGCAUUCCAGAGCAGAGCUCUACGUGCGGUUCAUCAGGCGAAGAGUUCUGAGUGAUCUGGAGGUCGGUAUCCCCAAUCAAAACACACGUUCUGAACUUGUUUCGAAGCUGGAAGCGAUGCUCCAGGGCAGUGAGUUGUGCCAUCGGAUGCAGGAGCUGCUGGGAAAUUACCUCCUGCUGGAACAUUACUUCAUGGAAGAGAGCAUCAAGAAAGCUGUUACUAUGGACACACUAGAAGAAGGCUCGCUCACUUCGAGUAUGGUGGAUGAUAUAUUCUUUAUCAUCAAGAAAUGCAUUAGGCGGGCCGGCUCGAGUGCGAGCGUGGAUGGGGUAGGCGCAGUGAUGAACAAUGCCUGCGGGCUGCUGGAGGCAGAGCUGUGCGGCGUGCUGCGUCGCCAGCUGCGGCAGGGCUACCCCUCGGGUUACCUGGACCUGUCGCAGGCAUACAGCGUGCUGCACUCGUCCAUCCAGCAGGGGCGGCUGCAGUCGGGCGACACGGAGCAGGCCCGCCUCACCUUCCUGGCCUACCUGAACAAUGCUGAUGUGAGCGUGGAGUACGUCGGCACGCUGUGUGCAGCGCUCCAGGAGGAAGUGCCCGGAGCCUUGGGCUCAUUGUCCCAAACGGAGCGGGCCAAACUGGAGAGCUGCCUGUCGGGCCUGGGAGCAGCCUCUGCCAGCUUGCGCGCCGUCGUCGACUACGGCAUGCAGCAGCUCCGAGCCAGUGCCAUCAAGCCGCGCGUCGACCCCUGGGUGGACGCCUUCCUCUCUGUCAGUCACCAGUUCUCCGAGGAGGAAUUUGCUAGCUAUGAAGCAGAUGAACGGUUCACUCAAUGUCUUAUAAUGAACUUGGAUGGCUUGCUGUCGUCCUUCAAGAGCUGCCUGACCCCGGGCAACUACGACAGCCUAGUCAGUAUUCUCACGACUGAAGUCACCUCUCACAUGGAGAAAGUUGUUUUCAAGUCUUCCUUCAACAGACUGGGUGGACUUGUGUUCGACAAGGAAGUGCGGGCACUUGUGAGCUACCUCACUAGCACGACUUCGUGGUCGAUACGAGACAAGUUCGCACGCCUCACCCAGAUAGCAACCAUCCUCAACAUGGAACGUGUGUCCGAGAUAUCAGACUAUUGGGGCAACAACUCUGGUUCCCUUACAUGGAGACUAACACCCAUGGAAAUGCGUCAGAUAAUGACCCUCAGGUAUGUUAAAGAAGAAAACAGGUACUGGUCAACUUCUGUUGCAGUAAUGUUUUUGUUUGACUCUGUAGUUUAACCUUUACCCAACAAAAUUUCAAAAUAUUUAUAAUGUUUAAAGCUAAGUUAUUUACUGUCAGGCAAACUUUAUGAACUUUAGGCUGAAAAACUGUAAAAAUAUUAAUGCAGAAAUUUUUUUUUUGUAAUAGACAGUGGUUUUUGAAGGGGAAUAAUAAUUUUUUUCAUAGUUAUAAAAAUAUAAAAUAGUGAUAAUUGUUCUACACAGUGAACAUCUAUCAUGUGGUCGAAUGAUAAUUACUGAAAGAAUUGAUAACUUGCGCUUAUUUCCAAGAACAUAUUCUUUCUUUCUGUUGGCACAAAUAUUCCGCCAUACAUAUUGUGUUACAAGAUUAAACUACGGAGUUGUGAAAUUUAUUUUGUUAUCACCCGACUGUUUAUGUCAUUUUUUCUUUUAGGAGUUAGAAAGAAUUUUAUUACAGAUAAGAAGAAAUGAAUUGGCUUCUACAAUAGACUAUGUAAUAAAGAGGUAAAAAAGAAACAAAAAAAAAACCAAGAUUUUGUGUAUAAACAUUGAUGUGCUGUGUGCCAUGCAUGUCUAAUCACUAAGCUGUCAGCCCAUCCCUUCCUAACAAGUGUAUGUACACAAUGUUAUCAGAAUAGCCCUUGUAGCAGUUAAUAGUUACAUACUAAUUAAUCUCCACUUGCCACACAAGCCACAUGUCGCCCAAUGCCAAGGCAACCAUGCAGAUGGCCGCCGAAGAUUUCUGCAUAUGGCCAAUUGGCCUCCAAUUACAUCUCACUUGUCAUCUAGGCAACGACUUUCUGGAAGUGGCUGGCACUUCUGUGGAUUAUGCAGAAGCCACACAACCACCUUUGGUGUCACUAUCCCUCUAUCUACCCUUCCCCUUCCCCUGCUCCCAGGGCUGUGGUAUAGAAGGAGGAUGUUACCGCUUACAGUUCAAGUUCACCUCCCAUCGUGAAAGAAUACCUUACCAUAGGUAAGGUAUUGUACUUUAUGUACCCGCUUAUGGGUCACAGAAUUUAUGCUGAUUUUUUGUUUAGUAAAAUUAACUGCCAACCAUAUGCAAAUUUUCCAUUUUGGAUCAAAAAAGUUAACAUUGCACUGUUGUGAAUGACUAAUUGCUUAAAUAACUAGCCUGUGUUGGUUUUUUAAUAAAUAUGGCACAAGUAAAUAUAUAAUGUUUGAUUAAAGUAUCUCACCAGUGAUUGUAAAGCAUCAUGAACUGUGGCGUUAAACUACUGUGUUUUAUCGCAUAAUCGUCACACAUUUUAUACUAAAAUCAAGUUUGAAAAGUAAGGGUGCGACGAUUAUGUGAAGAAAAAAAAACAUUUUUUGUUAAGUAAAGUUAUUCAUAAAAACAAAACCUAUUCAAGGAAACCACGUUUAUUUUAAAAGUAGAGUAUACAAAAGCACACCAAACAAUUUAAAUUAAUGUCAUGCAACAAAAACAUUUUGUUAAAUUUUAAAUAGUAAAACCAAAACUGUGACGCGAACGUGAGUCGGAGUGCAUAACUAUCAUAGUACACACCACGAAAAAGCGUGGAGCACGCACGUUGCAUGCAAUGAGUUAUCUGUAUCGAUAUUUGACUACGUGCGCGUGCUCUAUACGGGAAUCAACAUAACCAAACUUGAAUGAUGCCAACUAGCGCUGGCUACAUUUUUAUAAGCGGUACACAGCUGCGACGAAGACGAAAAGAUAAGAGUUAUAACGUUUCAAAACGUCUAUAAAAUAAAAUUUACACAUCAGACAACGUCAUAUUUCUGUUAAUUAAAUAAGUAUGGGGUAACAACUGAAUGAAUAUUAGAUUUCAACUUUAAAAUGUAUUGUUUUUUACGGGAAAACUACCUACACAAAGCGUUCGGAAUCUAAAAACAUCAUGGGACGUUUGUGCGAGAAAUUAUUUUUCUCCAAAUUUUUAUGUUCUAAAAUAAAGGUGUGACAAUUAUGCGAUAAAACACGGUAUGUGUGCCGCCUGUCGGACGGCUACCCGGCCAGCGUCAUUAAAUCACGUGGCUGUCUGCUCCGGGUUGGUGCUUGGCAAGAGAGGGAAUUUAAAAAUAAACCAGCUAAAGGGUGUGAAAGAAUGGAGGGGUGUUUGCAUGUGUGUGUGGCCAUGCAGCAGUGUUUAUGGUUCUCCGUCUCUCUCAUUGUAGAUGUCUGUGAACUGGCACGUACUCAGAAUCAUAACAUUUCUAUCUCCAUAUGUUUUUGUGAGGCCACUGUGUCCAAACACUGUUUUUGCAUGAGAUUUCCUAUGCUUUCUACUGCAUCAUUUCAUUCAUUACAAAUUUGCUGUAAAAGGCAUGCUUGUUUUAAUUAUUGAAGAAACUGACAAAAAAAUAAA